AUGUUGAUGAAGACGGACGAGGACAAAGGGGAAAACACGAAAGUAAUACAUAGACACGAGGCAUUAAGUUAUGGAUUUAUGGUAAAGGCAAGCGAAAACGUACCGAUGGAAUUAUUGAAGGAACAUGAGAUACCUACGAAACCAAUAUUAUACAGAGGAAGCGAGAAUAAGACGGACGUCGCAAGACAUUUUGUUGAAACUGUGACUGAAAUAUCAUUGAAGAUAGAAAAACUGCUUAAAACGAAUACACCCAUAAUUUUCACGGAUGAACAGCUUAGAACCCCCGAAUCAUCUCAAUUAUGUAAUUUAUGUAAGACAAACUUUUCACACGACAACCAUAAGGUUGUAGAUCAUUGA